AUGAUGUCUUUAUCGGCAGUGGACAGUCAGGAAGAGGCUUGUUUUGUUACAUCCAACAUCGACUCAACCUCGGACAGCGGUCUAGGCACAGAAAGCAGUCAUGGGAGAUCUCCAAUAUCUGCCCUCGGGUCGCCAUGGCCCGGGGACAGAAAUAAUGAUGAGCCCAUCGCCGUUAUAGGCAUGGCUUGUCGGUUCUCAGGGGCGACUUCGCCGACUAAGUUGUGGGAUAUGGUCAGCUCAGGCAGAACCGGUCACUCGACAAUCCCAGAAAGAAGUUGGUCUUCUGAAGCAUGGUAUCAUCCUUCAAAACAUCGUGCUGGCGGCAUUUCCGCCACAUCGGGUCAUUUCCUAGAUCAGGUCUCCGGCUUUGACGCUCCGUUCUUCUCCAUCACAGCCAACGAAGCCGCAGCCAUGGACCCGAUGCAACGGCUGGGGCUUGAGAUUGCCUACGAAGCGUUCGAGAAUGCUGGCAUUCCCAUGCAGAAACUUGCCAAAAGCACCACCGCCGUGUACAGCGGGGUUAUGACCAACGACUACCAGAUGCUUGCAGAGGCCGACCCGUAUCGGCUGGGAGUAAACUCUGCGGCAGGAACCGGUAAAUCCAUGCUAUCGAACCGGAUAUCGUGGUUCUUUGAUUUCAACGGCCCCAGUCUUACUGUCGACACUGCUUGUUCCUCGAGUCUAUAUGCCGUACAUCUGGCCUGUCAAUCGAUACGGAUGGGCGAGUCUGACCAGGCACUGGUGACGGGACAGAAUCUCAUAUUGAACCCAACCCUCUAUUCUCAGCUCUCAGGCAUGCAUAUGACGAGCCCCGAUGGCAUCAGCCACUCAUUCGACGCGUCAGCAAACGGGUACGGGCGCGGAGAAGGCAUCGCGGGUCUGGUGCUAAAACGUCUUUCUUCCGCUCUCGCUGACGGCGACGUGAUCCGGGGCGUGAUUCGAGCGACAGGCGUCAAUUCGGACGGGAAGACGUCCGGAAUUACUGUGCCGAGUGAAGAUGCCCAGGCCGAGUUAAUUCGAAGGGUGUACGAGCGAGCGAGCUUGGAUAUGGCGCGAACCGCCUACUUUGAAGCACAUGGUACCGGGACACCCAAAGGAGACCCUAUCGAAGUGCGGGCUAUACGCGCGACGAUUGCUGCUGCUCGAAAACUCCACGAUACGGGGCCACUGUACGUAGGCAGCGUGAAGCCCAACAUCGGCCACACCGAGGGCUGCGCUGGGUUGGCAGGCCUCAUCAAGGCGGUGCUGUGUCUUGAAUCCGGCGUGAUCCCGCCCAUCGCCGGCCUACGUGAGAUUAACCCGGAGCUGCUCGAGCCCGGUUCCAAUCUGAUCUUCCCGACGACCGCCACCGCGUGGCCAAGCACAGGGCUGAGGCGGGCGAGUAUCAAUUCGUUCGGUUUCGGGGGCGCAAAUGCCCACGUCGUUAUAGAUGAUGCGCGGCAUCAUCUCGAGGAAACCCAAAGCAACGGCCGACACAUCACCCGGGCUCUUAACGAAGGCACCAUCACUUGUAUACAACAGUCUACCAAAUCCGCGCUCGACGACAACGAAACGGAAACUCACCAGGCGCUAUUUGUACUGUCAGCUUUCGACCGCAAGGGCCUCGGCAGGAAUGCCAAAGCCCUCAAAGCCUUCUUGGACGAGCACAGGACAGCCAGCAUGACCUCUUUGGCACAAAUUUUGGCAGCAAAGAGAACAGCUCACACAUUCCGCAGCUUUGUCGUUGCGGGCACUCGGGAGGAGCUGUUAUCGAGGCUCUUGACAGGCAGAGACAACCUAUCACCACCGGUCGAGCUUCGGUCCUCUCAAAACAGGCGCCUCAUUUUCUUGUUUACCGGCCAAGGCGCCCAGAGACCAGGUAUGGCGAAAGAACUCCUCGCCAGCUGUCCCGUCUUCCAAGCGAGUAUCGAAAGCAGCCAGAAGUACCUGCGACGCUUGGGGUGUGACUGGGACCUUGAAGAUGUGAUCGUUCACGCGAGCGCCGAGACCCUCAACGACGCAAGGUACUCCCAGCCGGUUUGCACAGCGGUACAAAUUGCCUUGGUCCAACUUCUCCGCUACUGGGGCGUCGUUCCGUCGGCGGUCAUUGGGCACUCGUCGGGAGAGCUCACCGCGGCGUUCGCGGCUGGGGCCGUCUCUCAUCAAGACGCCAUGCGCGUGGCAUACUACCGCGGCUUUCUGGCUACCAAAGUCUGCUCUCUGGUGGGACGACCUGGCGCGAUGCUCGCAGUUGGUAUGUCGGAGAAGGACGCCAGUCGGUUUCUCGCAGAGAGCUGCCUGGAUCGCGACAUCAUGAUAGCAUGCGUCAACAGUCCCAGCAGUGUGACAUUGUCAGGCCCAUCCACAGCCAUUUCUCAAGCCGAGGAGGCCUUCUGCGAAGCCGGACAUUUCGCUAGGGCGUUGCGCACCGGAGGGGUCGCAUACCACUCUCCUGACAUGAAGGUCGUUGGUGACGAGUUCAUUCGCUGCCUGGGGCCCUUGCGGUCGUCCCGGAACCGGUGUCUACGAGUACCCAUGUACUCAUCCGUGACGGAGUCCCGGGUCACGGAUGUCGGAACCUUGACCGCAGCUUACUGGCACGAGAACAUGACAUCACCGGUCAGAUUUGCCGGUGCCAUGCACAAUCUCCUUCUCUCCUUGCGUGAUCCGAACACGCACGAGUCUUCGCCGGGCUUGCAACAUUGCACCGUGUUAGAGAUCGGACCUGCAAAAGCUCUUGCCGGACCGGUUGGCCAGAUCAUGAGCAAGAUGGACGGAUCUCAAAGGCCCGAAAGCGUCAGGUAUCUCUCGAUGCUAUCUGCCAAGGAAGACUCACGUCUGUCUACGUUGACCGCUGCCGGGAUGCUCUGGUCAAUUGGCGUACCCAUCGACUUGGACAGAGCAAAUGACCUGUGGUGUGUCGACCAGGAGCUUCAGCUAUCGGAGCUCCCUCUCCUACCGUCAUACGUUUGGAACCACGACAGGUCAUAUUGGCACGACGCCAUGCCGACUCUGAUCGGUCUCCGGGGCGAUAAAACACCGCGCGUCGAUCUUCUAGGCGUGCCCAUGUUGCCGCGAAACCCGUUUGAGCCGGCAUGGCACAAUGUGGUGCGAACUAGCGAGCUUCCCUGGCUUGCCGACCAUGUUGUGGACGGGGCGGCGCUGUUCCCUGCGGCGGGGUACCUCGCCAUGGCCAUCGAGGCCGUCCGGAGUCUCGGCCGAGAGCGGAACCAGGCUUUCCACGGCAUCGAACUCUUAGACGUCAACUUCGAGAACAGCCUCGUGGUCAGCAAAGACACGGAAGAUGUCAACCAAAAGGGCCAAGGCAUUACGUUGACGCUGAAACCAGAUGCCCAUGAUGAUUGGGUGUUCGAGUUCGCAGUAUACGCGGUUUCAGCCGUCGCUGAACAAUGGCGUAGGCUUGCCAUGGGCACUGUCGUCGGCAUCGUCAUCAAGAGGACGGGCGAGGAUGAAUCUGCGGGUUUCGAGCAGCAAGAGCGGGAGAGACAGUGGCAAGAUGAGAAGCGUCCACAGCUCGAUGAUAUCAAAGGGGUGGCAAGAAAGCACGUCGAUGUGGAGUCGUUCUAUGCCCAUCUAGCCAGCAUCGGCCUCGAGUACGGCCCUACGUUUCGAGGGCUAAACGCCAUACGCUGUGCAACUGACGCCGAGCUCCAAGAGUAUGGCAAGGCAUUUGGAGAGUGCAUCGUGCCCGAUUCGCGGUCCGUCAUGCCCGAGUCUUACGAGCACGACUAUCUCAUCCACCCGGCAACUCUGGACAGCCUCUUUCAACUUGUAUUUGCAGCUGUACAGUCCGACUCUCGUGGAGAGAUGAAAAUGGCUGCAGUGCCCGUGUCAGUCCGCCGAGUCUUUGUGGCAAACACGGUGCCGCGUAGGUCGGGUGAGUACCUCGCCGGGACAGCUGUUUCGAAGAGGUUGGUUGAUGAGAAAUCGGACUCGGGACAAAAGGCUGGUAAGAUCUUAGGAGACCUUACGUUCUGUGACGAAAGGUUCGACCGGCCUGCUGUUCUUGUCGAAGACGUUGUUCUACGCCAAAUACUUUCCCCCAUCAUCUCGAACCCUGCCGACGGUGAGAAAGAAGUUGGCAAUACUGAGGAUUCUUCUUUUUAUCGGACCGCUCAGAUGGUGUGGAAAGAAGAUAUUGAGCAGCCAUUCAGGAGAUGGCGAGACCGGAUCCUUCAAGAGUCUUCCUUGAAGGCAAAGGCAACUUUCAUUCUCGAUCGCUUUUGCCACAAACGGGCGCAGGAGAAGAUCUUGUGUCUGGGACUUGAUGAUUCCUGGAACGUUCUCAAUGGCGAGGAAGAAGGUGGUAUUAUCAAGCUUGAGAAUUUCACCUGCUUCAACACUUUUCAGGGCUGGGAGGACAAGCUGAAAACCCAGAGUCAACCAAAUCCGGUUUCCAAUAAAUUCGACCUGGUCUUUCUCAAUUCCAGCGCACUCGCCAGAGAGAAUCGUGCGAGGCUUACAUGUCCAUCUAAGUACGACUGGAUACUGCCAGCACUUGCGGAAGUGUGCGUUGCUGAUUCGUGGUUAACCAUUAUUGGCGACGAUAGUAGCAACGCAGUGGUGGCUGAGCAGCUUUUGGACAGCCCUUUGAAGCUGUCAAGAUCCAGCAUCAUCCUAAUAUCCGAGUCAUCUGUAGACCUGUUGUCGGGUCAUGAAAACAUCGAUCCCACCGGAUCAUCUCCAAGAGACGGACGAGAUUCUGCGGAAGAACCCGGAGACGCAAGACUGCUGCCGGAGCUGUGCCAAGACGGUGUCAUCAUCAUCGGACCAGAAAGUGAUGGUAAACCAUCGCACCCUUUUGCCGCCUUUCGGCAAGACAUUCGCGAUACACUCCUGAACAGCUUCUCAUAUCUUGGAAUCAGGUCUUGCUACAUGCCAAUCGACGAAGCGGUUGCAACUCACGGCAAUUUAACAAAUAGGCCAAUUGUCUCUCUGGUUGAGUUCGGUGCGCCGUUUGUCUAUGACUGGUCCAGAAAAGAACUCGAGCAAUUCCGCACACUGGUAUCCUCGGCGUCAUGCAUCAUUUGGCUGACAACCGCCGGGUUCAUGGCACCGUCGUCCGAGAAGAUGCUCCAGUACGCGCCGACAGUAGGGCUUCUCCGGACCAUCCGAGCCGAGUUUCCGGACCUUGCAAUACCCCUUUUGGAUUUCUCAACUCAUGUGCGACCCGACCACGCGGCGAACAUGAUUCUAGAAGUUCUUCAAAACAAUUUGGUCCAUCUUGCGCGAGAGAGCGGGAGCCAGAUUGGCUCUAUACGCAGGCAGACGAUGCCGGAAAGCGAGGUUUCCGAGCUGGAUGGGCGUCUGUUCAUUCCGAGGGUCUUGGCCCACGCUGAGUCUGACCGGUAUAUCGCCGGGGAGACAUCCACCCGUCAGCCGGUUAAUCUCAUUCCGGGUGCUCAAGGCAAGAUGCAGGAUAUCGCCGUGUCUGCCCGAGAAAACCCUGAGCUCUGGGUCAGAGCCCGUGAUAGCCAAGGCAAGGCGUAUUGGGUUUCCCGAGACUGUGAGAAGAGCAACCCGCUGGACAACCGGAAGUCAUCUAUCAGGCUACAAUACGCAGUGACUCACACUGACGAUAUGGGUGAAACUGAUGAUAGAAGUCCGUACAAAGCACUCUUGGCCCAACAGACCGUGGGUGUCGUGGAGAGUUUAGCAGGAAGCCGAAACACCGACAUAUUCGACACCAUCGUGGGCCCAGGGGACGUCGUUUUCGGCAUCACACACGGUCCCGUACGGCCAAUGUUCUUCCAGGAUAUGGAAAACCUAGUCCGAGUGCCUGACUCCCUCUUGAAGUCAUCGGCUGCUGUGGCCUACUGGCUUGCACCGCUAUCAACGGCCUUUUGCAUUCUCUCCGAGACGGCUGGUAUUUCCCCAGGCGACUCUGUGCUUCUCGAUGUCGGCAAUGACGCGAUUCUUCAACAGAGUCUUGUACAAGUCUCCAAUUGUCUUGGCGUCCGCAAAGUCUUCAUCUGCACAGAAAAUCCCUCCUCGGGGUCGGAUCCGUCAUCCAACGCCUCUGUUGUUCGACUCCCCCGACUCAGUGUCACAUCUGCCAACUUGAUCCGGCAAGCCACCGGGGGAGUCAGGGUCGUCGUAUCCACAUUGAAAAACCUCGGGAACGUCCGCCGGUUCCAGGUAGUCUUGGCCGACGACGGUCAUGUCGUUGGAGUGAAUUCCUCGAGCCAAAAUGAGGCUCUGAAAGGCUCGCUUUUCCUGAAAAGGGUCACUCAACUCGUCAAUCUGCACGACAUGGCGGCCUUGGACUUCAAACUCAACCCUGCUUUCAAAACAGCUCUAUCGACAGUGUUACGCUGGAUGGAGCUGGAACGUAUUGCCCUUGCUGAGCCCCUUCGGCAACUCUCGGCCACGGAUCCAGCACUUGCAAGAACCUACACAUCCGAUACGGCACCGUCAGCGCAAGGUGGAACAAAUAGAGUGCUUUUAUCAAUUGCAGCCUCCGAUGUCGCCGUGUUCCAUCGGCAAAGUCCGGCAUCGACAGCGUAUAUGACGGGACACGGUACAACUCUGGAACCCAAGGGCACUUAUAUCAUCUCCGGCGGCCUGGGGGCCCUAGGCCUACCGCUGGCAAAGAUGCUCUGCGAGCUCGGGGCACGGAGGCUUGUCCUCCUCUCGCGUUCGGGAAAGCCGACGACCGCGGACGCUGUUUCUGCUCUCGAGGAGCUCGCGGCAAAAGGGUGCCGCGCGGAGAUCGAGCGGUGCGACAUUACUUCAAAGGAAGAUGUGGAAAUGCUCGCCAAACGACUAAAACGGCGUCGGGGCUUCCGCCUUCGUGGCUUGAUCCAAUCUGCAAUGGUGUUGGCAGACAGUACGUUCUCCAACAUGACCAUAGACCAAUGGAGGGCGGCGACGGGGCCCAAGAUCCACGGCAGUUGGAAUCUACACAACUUGGCGACGCACCUUCUAUCGAGCGACCACGAGACUGGAGACCACGGAGAGAUGGAUCGCGGGCUCGACUUCUUUAUUCUCUUGUCUUCCGUGUCCGGCGUCAUUGGUAACAGCGCCCAGGCGAACUACUGUGCCGGCAACACGUUCGAAGACGCGCUGGCGCAUUUCCGGCAAGCCAACGGACUUCCGGCCACCAGUCUCAACAUCGGGUUGGUGUCGGACUCGAGCCACUUCGGCAAGGGCACCAUGGAGAAUUACGGCGACGUGGAGAAGUAUUUGGCCAUGUUUGGACAUCUCGCCCCCGUGACGGUCACGACUGAGGAGGUGAUGGCAAGCGUGAAAAUGGUUCUCACGCGGUCAAAGUCCUGUUCCAGCGGACCGACUCCAUCUCAUGAUGGCCCGGCGCAACUGAUUGUGGGAAUCUCCAACCGCAUCCCGCGUCACGAGGACCUGUUGAACAGGUGGCCGAUGGAUCGCAAGUUCGAUCACCGCGCGGCGUCGGGCGUGGCGCGUGGCCCAGGCAACGGCGCCGGCCGACAAAGCAGUGGAAAAGCCAAGAUUGAUGAAAUGAUAGCUUCUGCAAAAGACAUUGACCAAGCAAGGCGGUUAGUCGAGGACGUGGUCAAGGAGAAAGUAGGCCAGGCCACGGGCAUGGAACCUGAAAGCAUCGAUGCAGAGAGGAGCUUGUUAGCAUACGGUAUUGACUCCCUCAAGGCGACGGAGGUACGGAACUGGGUAAAGAAGAACUUCAAGAGCGAGCUGUCCGUCUUUGAUAUCCUAUCACCGGCGCCGAUCUCGACUUUGUCAUUGAUAAUCUUGACGAGAAGCAAGAUGUUUGAAAUGUUCCGGGAGUCGAAGGAUGCUUCAGUGGACACAGCUUGCUAG